UUGUGCUCCGAGUGCUCGUUGCCGAGACGCAAUAAUUUAAUUACUUUUACUAAUGGGAACGAGUUCAAUCGGGUGAAAACAAUAGUUUCGUCAGUGUGACUGAAAUUUCGUGUAAAUGUUUUCAAUAGUACAGUUAUCGCUGUGACAUAAACACAAAUCUGUAGUACAGUUCGUCGAAUGUGAAGUAGAGUUUUACGUACGUUUUUUCAUUUGUUUUGAACGUAUGAAUUUCUUGAGUGGAAAUAUUUUGAAAGUGUAAAAAAAGAGGGAAAAAGUGGAUACUAGAACGAUGAGCCUCGUUCAGCCGUUUUCGUUGUUUCAAUUAUUUCGAAUGAACGCUCGUUCGUUUAUUUUUCAAUUCCACUCACAAAAUUACUUCGAAUUAUUGAAUUUUUUGUUAAUCACGUAUUUGGAUUCAUCGGUUUAUCUCGAGAAGUAUCGUACCAUUCAUUUCUCAAAAGAUCGUUCUUGAAUUCUUUUGUUACUUUAGUACGAGCGUAAUAAGACUAUGACAAGUGAAAGAGAGGCUCGAAGUAUCCUCGGAACUCGACGCUGCAGUUUUUAUCCUCACGAUAAUGGGCUUCGUAUCGCCGGAUUCGGGGAAGUACUCGAAGCGAUUGAGAGCAAAGCAAACGCUUAUACGGAAUCUGUUAAAAAAAAGUUGCAACACGAAAGAAGAAAACGACCACGAAAUUUUCUGGACUCCGCAAUCCCCUGCAAAAUUCUCAGUACCGAGGACGAGCCACCAUUUUUCCCCAACGGCGAAAUCCAGUAUCCCGAUUUGUCGAAGAUCGAAAAAGCGGAACAAAAAAUUUUCACGAAAUCUCGAGAUCCGAGACUGAAUAGGAUCAGAAGCAUUUUCCGAAAGUCCCGAAACAACGGCCUUUCGACGCCCGUCAAGCGAGUGUCUUUCGACGUUGGAGCGACGCAAAUAAACAAGUAUGAAAUAAACUCUGGCAACGCCAUGAAAAAAUGCCCUUCGAAGGACGUUCCUUUGCUAGUACAACGGCGACGAAGGCGCGCUCAGCUCGUGGAUAAACAAUCGUGUCCACAGUUCCAGCAAUUUUUGAUCAACAUCUUUCGCUGGGAUCCUGAAUGGUUGGAAGACGAAAAACAAACGGACGAAAGAUCGCUCGUCCUGCGUAAUAAAAAACUCGAACGUGUGCUCCCGAUUUACGAAACUUACCGGAGCUAUUUCGACUCGAUGGAACCGCUGUUGAUGCUGGAGCUUUGGCACGGAAUAGUGAAAAACUUCGAGGCCGAUGGAAACAAUUUGACGAAUCGUGUCGUGUCUUCGAUGGUCAAUAAUUCGAUCAACUCGACGACGAUACCUUCAACGAAUAUCCGCGUGACAACCCUCAUGCUGGAAGUUGUAGUUUCGAGGCUCGAGAUGAACUCAAAGUCUCGUGCUACGAGCGGCGAUCUCGUUCUUUUUGAGUACUUUUCAAAUACAAAUGGAAACAAGAGGACGUGCAAAGUGUUUGCACACGUGACGAGCAUUCGCGAAUCGAGUAUCACUCCUUCGACGCAUUUUAAUCGAAAUUUGUUGAACUUCGUAAAGGAACCUUACGUUCUGCUCACGUACACACUGAUGACAAAGCCUCUCGAUCCAUCGAGUAUCGAAGCGAUUCAAACUGUCGGGUUACGAAAAAUUUCUUGUCCGAGAAUCAACAUGCAAAUGGUCCAGGCGCUUCAAUAUGUUGUCGUCUCUCCCUUACUCGAACAAAUUUUGCACCCGAAAGUGGAGGAUUUCCAAUUGGCAACUGGCAACAACUUGGAAACUAAUCAUCCGAGUCUGACAAAAAAUUCGCAGGGUAAAUUGAACGCCAAACAGCUGGAAGCUGUCGACCGAAUAACGGAAACAGUCGUUCAACAGACUCCGAAAAUUUGCCUCAUCGAAGGACCCCCGGGUACUGGAAAGUCUAGGAUCAUCGUCAACCUCGUGAUGAAAAUACUUUACGGUGGUGGCAGAUACGCACACGAACAACCCCUGAGGAUACUCGUUUGCUCCUCGUCUGAUGCUGCGAUCGAUGAAAUCGUACUGCGACUCGCGAAGAUACGAGAAACCAUCUCCGAGACCGACUUCAGCAAUCGUUUCAAGAUGGUCCGAAUAGGAGAAAGCGAGGCGACGCAUCCCUCGGUCAGAAGAAUCGCGCUCUCAGAAUUAGCUAAGCCAGCGGUGAAAAAGACAACAGCACAUUACUUGUCGCAACUGAACGAAGACUGCAUCGAGGAAGAGGAACGGAAACUCCAAGCGCGCAUCAAUGCCCUGGAACUUGAAUUAUUGAGCCCUCAAAACUCGUCGCUGAUGGACUCGCGACGAAUCGCGCGAAAGCUCAAUGACGUGAAGGUCAAAUAUGAUCUUAUUACGAGUCGAAAAUCGGCGCAACAAAUGGAUUCGUUGGGACUGGACAAUUUGCAGACAGCGACAGAAGAAACGCUUUUAGCGGGGGCCGAUAUAAUCGCCUGUCCUCUAGAAUCUUGUUACACGGAUCGAAUGCAAUCUGUAUUUUCCGGAGGAGAAGAAGCGAUCUCUGUUUGCAUCAUUGACGAAGCGACUCGAUGCACCGAGACCGAAACUCUUGUCCCUCUAAUGCUGGGAAUUAGGACCCUGAUACUCGUUGGAGAUUCCAACGAGGAACCGUCCAGCGUGAAGUCAAAAGUUGCGAGGGAUUUGGGUCUAAAUCAAUCGCUCUUCAGUCGAGUACGAAAGGCUUUUAUGGGAGGAGACCGCGACCCGAUAAUCCGACUAGACACGCAGUACCGGAUGUCUUAUCCCGUCUCUCUGUGGCCAAACAGACGUUUUUACGGUGGUGUAAUUAAAAAUGCAGCGUAUUUGCAGAAACUGCCGUUUCCUCGUUACAAGCUUAUCGAGAUCGCUCCGGUCGACGUGAGCGACGGCUUAUCCUUGGAAAAUGAAAUUAUUUUCAUCGCCCAUCUCGUCGAGUCUUUGGUCAGUCAGUCGAAUUUUCGGAAUGUCGAUGUGCCUGUGAGGAUUGGCAUAAUAACGACGCACGAGAGUCAAAAUUAUCGGUUACGUUAUGAAAUUAGUAAUCUGUUCAAAUUCAUACCUCAUGAAAUAAAGAAAAAAGUCGUCUGUGACGCCAAUACGAUUGACCAAUUUCGAGGCCAAGAACGUGACGUCAUUAUCGUUACCUGCAUCGGUAAAGAAAGCUUCAAAGUUUUAUCAGAACGCGAAAAACUUUGUGUGGCGUUGACCAGAGCCAAACACAGUUUGAUCGUGUGCGGCAAUUUCCACAAUUUUUGGAGAGAUUCACUGUUGAGCAGUUUGGUAGCGGAUUCGCGAUCACGAGGAGUUUACGUGAAAAUGACAGUGCCAUUUUCACUUGAAAAAGUUAAACGUUAUAUUCUACCGUAAAAUAGAAGAGCCGAGGAAGCUUGAAAACAAGUACAAUUGAAAAAUCUAGAAUUUUUUAAGAGAUUUUGAGUUCUUAGAUCAUUUUCUUAAGUGUCAACAAAUUUUGACCAAUAAUUUUGUAUCGUUUCUUUCGUUUUUCGGAAUUUCGAAAAAUUCCGGUUUAGUUUUUAUCCGAAAAGUCAUAGAAAUUUGUUAUUCGAGAAAAAUCAUUGUUUAUCUAUUUUUUUCGCUUUUUCAUCGACCAAAUACGUUUAUUUUUAUGUCCAGUUCUCAUAAUUUUUUAUUUAUUUUUGUCGUUCUGACCAUGGCCGAGUCUCGAAAAUAAAACUUGAUUGCUGGACUGUUAUUUAGAUGGAUGCGAGACCUCCGAAAAGAAUUUUUAGUCAUUUUUUGUUCCUGUUCGAACUCAAAUUUCUCUGAAUAUAUUGCGAAUAAUCACGCAGUAAAUCGAAUUACCAUGACAAAAAAUCAAUUUUGUUAAAUAUCAACCAUUUUCAACAAUAAAUAUAAAUUUUUACAUUU